CUGAUGAAGCUAGCUUAGCCCACUUUUUCCAUAGGAAGUAGCUAUCUAGAGAGGAGAGAGCAAAUAAUGGGAAAUUGGUGUUUGGUUCUUGUAGUGAUCUUAGUAACUGUUUUCCGUGCAUCAGCCCAGGGAGAACUCAGAACUGGAUUCUAUUCCUCUUCCUGCCCCCAAGCCGAGUCCAUUGUAAGGUCUACAGUUGAAGCACACUUCAACAAAGAUCCUACCAUUGCAGCCGCCUUGCUUCGCCUUCAUUUCCACGAUUGUUUUGUUCGGGGUUGUGAUGGUUCUGUUUUGAUUUCGGGGAGCUCGGCUGAGAGAGUCGCAUUGCCUAAUACGGGAUUAAGAGGGUUUGAAGUGAUCGAGGAUGCAAAAUCGCAGCUCGAAGCUUUAUGCCCAACCACUGUUUCGUGUGCUGAUAUAUUAGCUUUGGCUGCUCGAGACGCAGUUGACUUGAGUAGUGGUCCAAGUUGGGGAGUGCCUACUGGAAGAAGGGAUGGAAGAAUCUCUAAAUCAUCUGAAGCCUCAAAUCUACCUUCACCUUUUGAUUCCAUUGAUGUUCAGAGGCAAAAAUUUGCAGCUAAAGGUCUUGAUGAUCAUGAUCUUGUUACACUCGUUGGUGCACACACCAUAGGCCAAACAGACUGUUUAUUCUUCAGGUACCGUUUAUACAACUUCACAGCAACUGGGAAUGCAGACCCAAGCAUAAACCAAGCAUUCUUGACACAGCUCCAAACUCUUUGCCCCAAAAAUGGGGAUCCCUCAAAGAAGGUGGCUCUGGACAAAGACACCCAGCUUGGUUUUGAUGUGAGCUUCUUCAAGAAUGUGAGGGAUGGGAAUGGGGUUCUUGAAUCAGAUCAGAGGCUGUGGGGCGACGAAUCGACGCGAAAAAUCGUGGAGAAAUAUGCAGGAACCAUUAGGGGAUUGCUGGGGCUUAGGUUUGAUUUUGAGUUUCAAAAAGCCAUGAUCAAGAUGAGUAGCAUUGAGGUUAAGACUGGCACACAAGGGGAGAUCAGAAAGGUCUGCUCCAAGUUCAACUAAUUAACAAGUUGUAUGAUAUUUUUAUGUACGAUACUGUAAAAUUUCUUAUAUUUUAUAUGUUAUAUGUUCAAGA